AUGCCCAACGAGAUUAACUCGAUGCAUUAUUCCAGAAAUGGAGAUUUGUUGGGUGUUGUUACGGAUAAUUUUUUUGCAGUUAUGAAAGGAUGUAAUGAUAAUCUGACAUUCACCAAAACCUGCAAUGGAUUGGGCGCAGACAACUUGCAAUUCACCCAUGAGAAUAAAUUGCUCUUCACAACGAAAGAGAAAUUUGUCGGUGCACGUAUACUUGACAUGGAAAUCGGUAUAUUCAUUACAAAAUUCAGUUAUGCAAAGAACUUUCGCAGUCUUUCCAUAAGUAGCGAACCAUUCGUCUUUGCCACCACAGCGGAUAAUGAGAAAAUCAACGUUUGGGAUGAACGUAGCGCUACAGCUAUCGAUUCGGUGAAGAUGCAAGGAAAUGGCGUAGUGAAAUGCUUUCCACGUAGCACCACUAUAUUUGUAGUCACUACGUCCGGCAUUUUUUUAUAUGACAGAAGAAAUCUAACUAAAAAUGCGUUCGCUGCUUAUGAUAUUCCGGGCUAUAGCGCAAAUUGUCAUGUUGAUAUCGCUGUCAACUGUGAAAACAUCUUAGUCGCCGAUCAGAAAAACGUGACUUUGUUUGAAUUGGAAAAUAUGAAACCUGUCCGCAAGUAUGGACCUUUUACUGGUUCUGACAGCGAAAAAUUUGGUUGCUGCUUUAACAUAAAUGGACAAUUGCUCCUUGUGGGUAAUGCCGAGAGCAUUAUUCAUGUAUACGAUGCAAAGUCGAAUAAUCGUUUAUAUACUCUAACUCACGUUAAUCCAGUUCAUUCAACCGUAAGUAAUAUUCUUGUCAAUGGUCUUUAUAUGAAGAUGUCUUCCUCGGCCGGGAAGCAAUUGGAUAUUUGGCAGAUACCAGAAUGA